AUGGCGCAUUCCAAGCGCAACACCUCCCUCCCGCACUUCACAGCCUACGAGCGCAGCCUCCUCCGCUCAACCUGGGGCUCCAAACGCAGCGUUAUCGGCCGCGAUUCCUUCCUCCCCUUCGGCUCCUGCAAACUAUGCCUACAGCCUGCCCGCGCCCCCGUCGUCGCCUGCGCAACCAACGGGGACCUCUUCUGCCGCGAGUGCGCGAUCAACGACCUCCUCGCGCAGAGGCAGGAGAUCAAACGGUUGGAGCGGGAGAAGGAAGAGGCGAAGAAGGCGCUGGCAGAGGAUGAGGAGCGCGCGCUGGAAGAAGCGAAGAGGAAAGAGUUAGCGGAUUUCGAGCUUGUCUCUAUGGGACUGGAGGGGAAAUCCGGGGCGGGGACGAAGAGGAAAGCUGAGGAGAGUGAGGCCUUGGAGGCGUUCAAGAAGCGCGAGGUUCUGGUUGAGGGGAAGCGGAGGAAGGUGUUUGAGUUGGAUGCGGGGCAGAUGGCUAGGGUUGUGAGGGAGGAGCAGGAGCGGUUGAAGGAGGAAUUGAAGAAAGAGAAGACUCGGACGAGCAAGUCUGCUCUACCGUCGUUCUGGGUCCCUUCGCUGACGCCUAGUACGGAUGCGAAUGAGAUCGUGGCGAAUAAGUCGGUGAAGAUGGCGCCUAUUUGUCCUGGGUCUUCGGAGGAAGAUCAGCAUACGUACUCGCUCAAGUCAUUGGUGGAGGUGCAUUUUAACGAAGAGAAGAGCGAGGAUGGAACUACGUCACGGACUUGCCCGAGUUGCAAAAAGACUCUGAAUAAUGGGCUCAAGGCUAUUUUGGCCAAGCCAUGUGGCCAUGUUAUCUGCUCGCCGUGUGUUCGUAAAUUCAUGACGCCAUUUGAUCCAGACCCGCAUAGGACGAAAGGAGAGCAAGCUUUCGGAGCAGCAGAUACUGGAAAAGUGUUAUGUUAUGUCUGUGAGACAGAUGUCUCGGAACAAAAUUCCACAGACAAGGGAGAUGACCACGGGAAGGAGGGCUCAAAGAAGAAGUCCAAGAAAAAGGACAAGGAAGCAAUCAAGCCUGGUCUCGUGGCGAUCAGUUCCGAGGGCACCGGUUUCGCCGGCGGCGGUGGAAAUGUUGCUACGAAGAAAGGCGUGGCAUUUCAAUGCUAG